UUCCACAAUGAAGAUUAACAUAGUAACCACACAGCUCAUCAAGCCAUCUUCUCCAACCCCAGCUGAGCGUAGAGAUUACAAACUCUCCUUCAUAGAAUGCCAAAUACCACAUUUUUACAUACCUCUCAUUCUCUACUAUUCUGCACAGAAAACCAGCAACGUCAAACAAUCUCAAAUCUUCAAAUGGCUGAAGACAUCUUUAUCAGAAACUCUAACUCACUACUACCCUAUGGCUGGAAGAAUCAAGGGCCAGACCUUGAUUGAUUGCAACGAUCAAGGGAUCCUAUACGCUGAAGCUGAAGUCGAUGGUCAUCUUUCAGACCACCUUAAAAAUCCGGAAAUCCAAAUUCUUGAUCAUCUCAGCCCUUGCAAGUCGAGUGGCAGAAUAACGGAUGAAAGAGAAUUGUUAGCCAUUCAAGUUAACUUCUUCAAAUGUGGAGGAUUAGCCAUUGGUAUAUGCCACUCGCACAGGAUUGCAGAUGGAUGGAGCAUUUGCUCUUUUAUCAAAGCUUGGGCUGCCACGGCCGCGAAAGCUUGGGGUUUAAGCAAUAAUAUGGUAUUAGAGCCUGUCUUUAACUCUGCACCUCUUUUUCCUUUAAGAAAAACUCCUGAUUUUGAGCCUGAUCCAGAAACUCCACCGCUUCAAACUCCAGUCGAAAAGUUUGUAACAAAAAGGUUUGUUUUCGAUGCCCCGGUGAUCGAAUUACUUAAAUCAAAAGCCAUGGCUCGUUGGCCCGGGGCAAAACCAACAAGAGUCCAGGUUGUAUCAGCAUAUAUAUGGAUGUCUUGCAUGGCUGCAAAUGCGGUGGAAGAAAAUGGCACAUCUGUUAUAUCCCAUCCAGUGAAUUUGAGGAAAAGAAUGAUCCCACCACUGCCGGAUACUUCUUUCGGUAAUAUCUUCCAAAUGGCGCAUGCUGUAACAAGUGGUGCAGCCGCUAAAGAUUGGAUUGGGUUGGUGGAGAAAAUCAGGGAAGCAUUUGGAAAAAUAAACCAAAGUUAUGGUAAAAAACUACUAGGUGAAAAUGGAUGUGAAGUUGCAGAGAAUAACUUCAAUGAGGUUGGAAGAUUUUUGGUUCGGAAAGAUGUGCACGGUGUUAGGUUCAGCAGCUGGUGUGGAUUUCCAAUUUUUGAGGCCGAUUUUGGAUGGGGAAAUCCCAUUUGGGUGAGUAGUACAAGUUUUUCUUGUAAAAAUCAUGUCUUCCUCUUCGAUUCAAGAUCUCCUGGUGGCAUCGAAGCCUGGAUAGUAAUGGCUGAAAAGGAAGUGGCCAAAUUUGAGCAGGAAGUGGACCUAUUGACUGUGAAUUGAUUAGUUUAUUCAGGAACUUGUUUCACAUGUGUUAAUUUCAGUAGUGGAUUUUCUUCAAGCUACGUGGAAAGCCGUGGUUCAUGGACUUCUUGAACUUGCUUUGCACUGUAUUUGUACAUUUUACCUGAAUGCAAGGAAUAGAAUAUUCUGCAUUUUCAUUGAAGCUGGGG